AUGGCAGUUUUAGUGGCGCUGCUUGUGUUGCAUCUGCGUUCAGUGAGGGUAUUUCGUUGGGAGCAAUCUGUGUCUGGUGGAGUCUUAGUAACGUAUUUCAUUGUAGCUGCAGGAUUAGCUCUUUGUGCAGGAUCUGCUGAACGUAGAAUCAAGGGACUUCUAGUUCAAUGCUUCUUAUGUUGCACAGGGGCAUUUUUACUGAUCCUUAAUGCUAUAACUCUGUGGACUCGCUGGCGUGCUGCUGGGGAUCUGACUCAAGCUGUAGCAGACUUGCUUUCAGCCCUUGGCGUUCCAAUCAGGAAACAGAUGCUGGCUAAAAUUCUUCUUAGUACUGCAGCGGCCUGUAUCUUCAUAGCUGACUUGAUAUUGGUAAUACUGUACAAGGAACAUGUUCAAUUUGGAGGCUGAAUUUAACGGUCCGAUCAAUAAAGUGGUAAUACCAA